CUCCUCAGCUGUUCUUAUUUUGCCCAACAUCACAUAAUCACACAACAAUCAAACAACCACAUUUCCACAAUAGCAGCUCGCACAAACAAAUUCAAUAUCAACAACCAUCAGCCUUCAAACAAUUAACAAUCCACUAUAACUCGAGAAUCGACGACCCAAGCAGAGUUCGUUACAGAUUGAGCAUUAAACAACACUACAAAAACCACAACAUCAACCAUUCCAAAUCAUCAUCAUGCAGUUCUCCACCGUCUUCGCCCUCUUCGUCGCCACCAUGGUCGCCGCUGCACCCACGUCUCCCAUCGACUCAACCCUUGAGGCCAGAAAGGACCCCGGUGCCAUUGCUGCCUGUGAGACGCAGACAGCAGCGGAUCAGGUUGCCUGCAUUGAUAAGUGCAACAAGGACGCCGCAUGCAUCACUGCUUGCUCGCUGGAUGCGGCCCAGAAGUACACUGCUUGCGCCACGAAAUAGAUCUAGGAUGAUAUCAGCGACUGCAUAAGUGUACGAUAGGAGAGCGGAAGUGGUAUGAGCAUUAGAGAUUGCAUAGCAAGCGACUAAACUGUAGGAUUAGUAGGAGAUGGGGGCUGGAAACAUAGAGGAAGAGAGAGAGCGGUGUGUAGCGACCAUGGAUUAUGAGAUUCAUUCCUAAACACGUUCGUCGCACAAAGGUGAUGCGUAACACGGCCAUGAGAUCUCCAGCGUUCUAAUUCCUCUAAUGCCCGUAACGUCAGCUCUUCAGUUGAGUCUCAGUUGAAAACAUCAGUCUUUCGAUAGGCAGGACGAAGCAUACGUUAGGGUAGCCAUCGUAACAAAUUUUAUCUGGAUAUCUUUGGCGAGCGUAUGAUGAGGGAUGCUGGAAAUACUGCCGAUACGGGUCGAAAAGAUGCAUCACGUCUUCGGACAGAAACUUCAUCAAAACCACAU